CUGCGAACGAUCUCCCCUCGGGUUCUCGCCAACCUGCACCGCUGCCCACACCCUGCCGAUCAUGGAUAGAGAGGAGAAGAUUCGGCUUGCCAAGAAAAAGUUGAACAAGUUCCAAAAAUCCAAGACAUCCGCCAAGUCCGAUGUUGCAGAUGCUGCGCCGGAAGACACUCGAGUCUCUCCCACUUCUUUUCCUGCUCCGGAGGCUGUGUCUGCGGCGCCCACUCUCCCGCUAGCACCCAAGGAGCAUACCUCGCCUGUUGCUUUGCCGAAAGCCAGGCCCAACACUGCGGGGGUCUUGUUGAGCGGGCUUUUCUCUACUGUCAGCGAGGUUGCCGGCGACAUAUACAGCACCGCACAGCAUUCGCUCUCAGACAUGCGAGGCCCUGCCCAGCCUCGCUCGACUCCAGCAACCUCGCCUCGAGCAGCGCCGGAUCUGUUUCAAGAGCAUACCCCACACUCUGACGCCCGGUUCUUUGACGAUAUCGCCGAACACACCAAUCCCGAGUACUUUACCGAGACCAACGGCCUUCAGCCCUUUCAGCCCUUCGAGUCACGCAGAUCGCCAACCACCCAAGCUAUUUUGUCGCCGCGGACUCGUCCCUCUCUGUCAUCGGCAGGCUCUCCAAACCCGCCUUCUAUUCUCUCACCCAAGGCCAGUCGUCCUCGUGUUGUCGAAUCGGUUUCGCUUAUGAGCCCGUUGUCGCCAAGCCGUCUCCCGAUCGACCAUGUCGCCGAGAGCGCCGCCUCGCUACAGACGAUCAAAAACCCCACCUCUCCCCGCAGCGGUGCGACUGCCUAUCCUAUCUCGGCCCUGAAUGCGUCCGAUGCGCUGAUGGAUACAAUUGCCCGUGAAAAUGGUAUAUUGAUUGAGCAGAAAAAGGUUAUGGAAAUCGAGAUAUUCAAGCUCCGCGGCGCUCUCGACCAGGCACAUUCCGUCAAUGAGGCGCUUCAGCGCGAUCUGAACGACGAGCGGUACAUCAACCAGCAGAACCUGGCUGCGCUUCAGGAGCUCGACGACCUCCGAAAUCAACUCUCCGACCUGUUCACAGAAAACACCAUGCUUCAGGAUCAAUUGCAUGUCAUAUCCGCUUCGCGAACCGAAUCCCAGAAUCGAAUCGCGCUGCAGGACCGUGAGCUUCAUCAAUGCUAUACACGCAUUCGGGACCUUGAACAGCAUUACACGAGUAUAGUCGCCGAGAAAACUGCGCUCUCGGAGCAGCUGCGGGUCAAGUCCCGGGAUCUUGAUCAGCUCCUCAAGGAAAAAGCUUCCCAAAACACAAAAAUCGAGGCUAUUGCAAACGAUCUGUCGAGCCGCGGAAAGGAGUGGUCUCCGGAAGAGGCUGGAAUGUUGAAUCAGUCCGUCGCUACCGAAUUGGAGCGCCGCCAUCAGUUGAACCAUCUUGCCGAAUCCAAAUCCACCACGCAGCUUCUGAAUGUCAUCGUCGCUUUGACCAACUCGAAUGUUCAGCUUGGCAAGCGUCUCGAGGAAGUCCAUAAGGCUCGCCCGUCGUAUCUACCAUUGACCGCCUUAUCGGAUUCCGUUGCCCCCGAGUCUGACCCAACGCGGCCGUACGACUCAUUCCCAACACCGAACUCGUAUCCAAGCUCCCAUGCUGCACACAUGGGUGUCCAGCAGCCCGCCACUUUGAGUAUCCGGCCAACCGUCGCCGGGGGCUCUGAUCGAGGCGAUCGCGUCCUUGCUCCCACUUUCCCUAUGACGGCAUCGUCGGUUCGCAAGCCCCUCGCGCCAGAGGAGCCUCUGGACCCACGCCAGCUGUUUACUGAAUCACAAGGAGAUUACAACCUGCUCCUUGGUUCGGCUGAUGCUUUGAGCAGCUACCCGCCUUCUGGCUACAGUCGGUAUCCAUGAUGGCUGUUUUUUGGCCAGAGGGAUCGGGCACCACUUGUACAGGGGGAUCCCGUUCUGCCGAUAGCAGCAAUCGGCGCUUACGCUACUUGUUCUGAGUGAAGCGAGGUGCUGGCGCAUAAGAGUAUGAUGUCCAUAAUAGAGAUUUCUCAAUGCGA